CUCGACGCGACGCGAAGCUUGGACCCAAACCCCUGCAACUUGGACGUGGCUCCCCAUUGUAAAUAUUCCACCCAUUCCACCCAUUCCACCCAAUCUAGAUCUCGAAACAACCUGACUGCGGCUCCGCGAGAACAUCACUACCUCAUGUCUCGAACUGUCGUAUAACAAGGCCGAAGUAUUUCCAGAACAACCACCAACAUCAAAGGUCGAUCUCGAUAGCGGACAAAGUCAUGGUGUCUCCAGGAGGUGCCGCGGCUGCUAGGCCGGCGCAUGCAUCGUCAACAAACAAUGCCAAAGGCCAGCGCAACAGCAGCGGCAACGGCAAUGGCAACGAUGACGAUGCCCUCCUGCGAUCGCUGAAUCAGCUGUCGAUUUCCAACUCGCCGUCUCGCACACCGUCCCGAGCGGCUUCCAGAGCCGCCUCCCGUCCGCCGUCUCGGGCGCUGUCGCGAGCUUCGUCGUUCUCAUCAAGACCGCCUACGAAUUCGCUGCCCUCACUCGAUCGACUGACCAUUGCGUCGCCCAGUCCCAGAUCUGGACCUCGCAGUCCUGCCGGUCGCCUGUCUUCUAAUGGAAUGACACCGCAGUCCAGAUCGGGGACGCCUACCCUGCUUCGCAAAGCCUCUAUGAAUUCCUUGCACUCCAAUAGCGGUGUCACCCCGAGCCGCGCGCCCUCUAGGAGAGGAAGCAAUCUGGGUUCACCUGCUUCGAAGUCGCCACUACUCGAAAUGGAGGAAGAACACCGACCGAGGCUGACCGAAGCGUCUGUCGCAAACACUUACUUCAAGUCAGAGCUGCAGAUACUGCAUAGUCCCGAGUCCACCAAGACUGCCGACACCAUCGUCAUCCUGCACGACUCCUGCUAUGGUCAUCGCUUCUCUCGCAGGAAGACUACGAAGGGAAAUCUUGCCACCAUCGUCGAGCGGCCUGAACGCAUCCAAGCAAGUGCUCUUGGCGUAGCUCUGGCCUACGUGCGUCUUGGCGACCGGCAUUGUGAUGGAAAAAUCCCAAUUCAUCCCGACCUCGACCCUAGCUCGCUUUCUUCGAUACCUUUUCGAAUUCAUAAGACAGACCGAAAGCUUUCCCUCAACUCUUCCGCUGUCAUCAAUGUUCACGGAAAGGAAUGGAUGGACGAGCUCACGUUGAUGUGCGAGUCAGCCGAGCACAGGAUUGCUAAAGGAGAGAAUGAGCUCAAACGGCCUGAAAUCGAACGCAGCGGCGGCGCAGAAACAGCGCAAGAACUGCACCAAGGAGAUCUGUAUCUCUGCGCACAGUCCUUAGCUGCUUUCGAAGGUUCUUUGGGCGCACUAUGCGAAGCUGUUGAUGCUGUCUUCUCUCCGGCAUCUCCCAUCAAGCGGGCCUUUGCCGCAGUCCGUCCGCCUGGACAUCAUUGCAGCGCUUCUCAUCCUCAGGGAUUUUGCUGGAUCAACAACGUCCAAGUUGGCAUCAUGCACGGCAUGUUGAACCACGGGGUGACCCAUGCCGCCAUCAUUGAUUUCGAUCUGCAUCACGGCGACGGAUCUCAAGCCAUCGCCUGGGCACACAAUCUACGCAGCAAUCGCCAACCAAAGAAUGCAGCGGCAUGGAAGAAGACCUCGAUUGGAUACUUCAGCUUACACGAUAUCAACUCGUAUCCUUGCGAAUACGGUGAUGAACAGAACGUCAAGAACGCCAGUCUGUGCAUCGAGAACGCGCAUGGACAAAACAUCUGGAAUGUCCACCUGCAAGAAUGGAGUUCCGAAGUGGAGUUCUGGACUCUGUACCAGUCUAAGUACUCUGUCCUUCUUGACAAGACUCGCACCUACCUGCGACGUCAGAGUGAGAAGUUGCGCGCCUCCGGUCAAGUGCCCAAGGCCGCUAUUUUCUUAUCUGCCGGCUUUGAUGCCAGUGAAUGGGAGGGUGUGGGUAUGCAGCGUCAUGUAGUCAAUGUUCCCACCGAAUUCUAUGCUCGAUUGACACGAGACGUGGUCAAACUCGCCUCUGAAGAAGGACUCGGAGUCGAAGGUCGUGUCAUCAGCGCACUCGAAGGUGGUUACAGCGACCGAGCUCUAUGUUCCGGAGUAUUUAGUCACCUCAGUGGCCUCGCCGGGAACGAGCCUGUCUUGUCCAGAGAGGAAAGUCCUGUUCCAAGUGCACUAGGGCGCGAGAUCGCCCGUAGGAUCAGCUCUGUCAGCGGCAGCAGACGAAAUACUAUUUCGUCAUCUGAUGGUGAUAAGAUGAGAGUCCCCGGAUUCCCGUACGAUCCUACCUGGUGGUCCGGCCAGGAGCUGGACAAACUCGACGCCACAGUAGAUCAACCAGCUUCCGAACAUAAGCCACUGAAGUAUGUGCCUCCUCCUACGUACUCAACGCCUACCCAAUCGUUCACGGCCAAGAUGGUUGAGUCUGCUAAGGCCAGACGGAGCAACUCUGCCCUGAACUUGGGUCCUCGGCCCAUCCAAUCUAGAGUGCCUACUCCACCUCCUCCUGAGGUCAAUUGGCCUACAGCUGUUCGUGAGUUGAGCAAGUUGUUGAUUCCGACCGAACGUCCUGUAAGCAGUUGCACUUGGGACGAGUUGAAGGCGGAUGUUGCCAAGAACAGACUUUCCCGCCAGUCCCUUGCUCUGCCCGAUGCUGCGGAAACGACGGAGACCAGCACGGCGCCUAUUCGAAAGAGCCUUCGGGAGCGAAAGCCUGUCAAGGCCCCUAGCUCAGUUGAGGUUGACGAUGCCCCAGGCCGUAGGAAGACAGUGGGGGGCUCAUCAAUGCUGGCAGUAGAUAAGGCUUCCGCUCGUGGCAUUCCGUCCCAGGCUGGGCCAAAACAAGCACGACCGCACAGCCGGCGCUUGAGCACUUCUUCAAACAUGUCGACUAUAACUAAUGGCCACAAUGAAGCUCCCUACGCAUUUGCAAACGCCAUUGCUCGGCCUGAAACUUCACAGUCUAUACGACCUGAGUCUUCUAUGAGUGUCCGUACUCAGGCAUCUACCGCACUCAAUGUGAGGAAGGUGAGACCGGCACCUGCUCGAAAGGAAAAUGCCAAAACCGCACCCAAGCCCAAGAAGGCGACGAAGUCUAUGGCCAUAGUCGAUACACAGCCACCUGUCCCCAAGAUGGAACCGCAGCAGGUGGCCAGGUCUGUCAGAGAGUCUCCUGCGCAUUCGAAAAAAACCUCUAGUCCUGUUCAUGUCCCUGGACCUACCCAUGAAGUCCCUUCUAUUGUCAGGGAGCCGUUCUCCGAGGCCAAAAGCGAUGUUAGCAAGGCUCCCAGUGGUGCAAAGAAGAUCAAGAUCAAUUUAGUCACGAAAGAGAUGAAGCAGGCUCGCCAGCUGGCUGCCAAACUGGAAAAAUCUGCAACACCGCCACUGGAGAACAACUCUUUCGCUUCUACGGCGCCUGUUGCUCCAGUGCCUCCGGCAUCUAAUGGGUCUGCUACAGAUCUUACGAGCCCUGCCUCCAUCGCACCGUCCAUCGAGCGUCCUGUAGCCAAAGUACAACCUAUUCUUGCACCUCAAUUUCAAGCUCCUACAUCUGCGGCCACCAAUGGUUUGACCAAACACCUAGCACCAGCAGACAUCAAACUUCCGUCAUCCGCUCGACAGUCUCCUGAUCUAGAGACACCGAGCUUCGACAAUAAACACCCCACCCCUCCUGCGUCCUCUCCAGCUCUUCCAGCCGCUGAUCCGAUGGACACGGAACUCUUUGUGCAUUACCAACCUGCGGGACCACAAGCUUCCCCCGUUCGUCAGACCGCACCUCUUCAGUGGCUGCCUGCCAACGUGGCUGAGACGCCUCAGCAAUUUAAGAGAGGGCAUCAGUUCACGGCUAAGUCGGCCAUCCCCUUCGCCCCUGGUACAGUUCAAGAGACUCGUUCCAUGACCAAGGAGAAGACUUCUACUGUGAAUGGCCCGUUACAACCCGUUGCGGAGCCAAAGGCGAUUGAUGUGGAUAUGUGGGAGAUCCCUGAGACGCCUCAGUAGGAAAUGCAAACCACCCACCUACCUACUGGCACAUCUGCCUGUAGCGCUUGCCUUUCCUUGCUAACAUUCUCCGUACACUUAACACCGCCAUUUUUUUUCUCUCGUCUGCACGUCUCUGUAAAGCCGAAACCUCAGAGGAAUAAGUGUCACAUACACACACGGCGUGGUAAAGGAGAAUGUGGAACCCGACCAAUC